GCCCCGCCCGGCCCGGGUUCCCACGGCGCCCGCCCCGCCCGCGCCUCCGCCCGCCCUCCUCGCCGCCGCGCCAGCCCGGGCCUCUGGCGAACAUGGCGCUCGUCCCCUGCCAGGUGCUGCGGGCGGCGAUCCUGCUGUCCUACUGCUCCAUCCUGUGCAACUACAAGGCCAUCGAGAUGCCCUCGCAUCAGACCUACGGAGGGAGCUGGAAAUUCCUGACGUUCAUUGAUCUGGUUAUCCAGGCUGUCUUUUUUGGCAUCUGUGUGCUGAGCGAUCUUUCCAGUCUUCUGACCAGAGGAAGUGGGAACCAAGAACAAGAGAGGCAACUCAAGAAGCUCAUCUCUCUGCGGGACUGGAUGUUAGCCGUACUGGCCUUUCCUGUUGGGGUUUUCGUCGUAGCGGUGUUCUGGAUCAUUUAUGCCUACGACAGAGAGAUGAUUUACCCGAAGUUGCUUGAUAAUUUUAUCCCGGGGUGGCUGAAUCAUGGAAUGCCAAAUGAUUGUGCAUUUACAGUGAGAAGCCGCCGACCAUACUGUUGAAAACUUGUACAUCUAAAGAACAUGAAAGCAAUGAAAUCAGUUGUGGAGUCACUAAAAGCUUUCCACUCAAAUGUUGGUGCCGGAGGGAAAGCAGAGUUAACUGGAGGAGCCUGAGGAUGCUCAGAACAUCUCAUGUGGAUAUGUGAGCGCGCCGGUCAAAGGAGCAGCAACAUUCUCUCUUGAGGGUCUCUGCAGCCAAACUAUGCUUCAACCUGGUCACCAAAAAGCAACACACUCAGACCAUAUUAGCGAGGCCUCACUAAAAAUGCCUCCUUUCCUCGGGGCAGUGAAUUGUGACGGAGCACAUGCUGUGUGCGAUGUGCUCCUUACCACUUACGCGGGAAGGACAAACAGGAGAACCCCUCGCCUUGUAGAGUUUACAGUCUAGUAGGGGAGACAAUCAGAUAAUUGUGCAAACAGAUGAUCUAAGAUUCAUCGAUUUUUCUGAAAAAUUAUUGUAUGUAUAUUAAAGUCCAUACAUAUUUCCAAGGAAUUAUGAUGACUUGUCUAAGAUGCACGUGGGGAUCGGGGGACACAAAUCUUUGCUACAUCCCCUCCAUGGACCACCCACUUACUUAGCCUAUCUCCUUUAAUCCUCAGAGUGACCCUGAGGAGUAGGGCUCAUUAUUCUCAGAUGAGGAGCUGAGACAAAGAUGGCAGGACACUCUCCAAGCCAGAGUCUGGGUGCAGCCAAGCCAGUCUGAUUCCAGGCCCUUUCUGCCAAUCCAGGCUGCCCCUUCCGCAAAGCCACUCGAGAUAUUCCCUAUUAUCUUCCUCGGUUUUUUUUAUAUGUGUGUCCAUGCAAUAACCUCCUCCUAGGAUUUCAUACUGGGAACAGUAUUGUCUCCCCUGAGGCUGGUGUCUUCCUGUUUGUUAGUGUGAGCUAUUUCCACUUCUCCUCUGAUGCCAUACUUGGUGUCCUCAUGCCACAGCCAGCUCACCUGUGGCUUCCAGCACAGUUUUCUCUCCUUUCCAACCAUAUAUUUUUGUCUGAUUCUUUAUUUUGUGUUGAUUCCCACUAUCCUGAGUGUUUCAUUGCAAGCUGCUAUGGCCUUCUGAGAAAUAGUUGGAAUGUACGUUACACCAAUAGAAAAGAAAUAGAUGUGACUUCUGGAAUUCCUCGAAGCUCCCUUUUGGUUUCCUGCUCAUGACCUAGAAGAGGGCCUUGCCCAUAGGAGUGAGUGGUAAGCGUGGAUUGAUUGUUAGAGGAUCGUAGCAGUUCUGAAGGACAGCUCUGGCUAUUGGAAAGAGGACAGGACGCUGUGGCUCUGGCUCUAUACAUCCGCUUGCCUGUAAGACUUGCCUGUUCUCCUUUUCCUGAUGAGAGAUUUCUCGCCUACGUUUUCUUGCGUUUAUCACUCAUGAAUGGAAUAUAAAGGGCGAUGAUCACGGCCAGCAAGUAUCACGUCCUCCCCCUCGCCGUGCUAAUAAGCACUUUCUAGAUAUUGUCUACUCCAUCCUCACAACCCUGUUACUGUUCCCAUUUCACAGAAGGAGAAACUGAGGGUUAAGGAAUUCAAGUGGUUAAUGGGGACAGCAAGGAAAUAACCUUUCUCCUGGCAAUUCAGCAAGAGAGAGAAGAAAAGAAUAGGAAAGAAAAGGGAUUACCUAAAAGAAAGAAAGUGCUUCAGGCACGAUGGGUGUAAUGCGGAAGAGGUCUGAGAAGGGUCGCAAUUAAGUUAUAAGGGAAUUGUUCUCCAUGCGCAUCCCCUGCUCUGUUGACAAGCGGGAGGGAGAAGUCAUGAGCAAGUGGCUAUUUUUAUAUGUGAGACAUUCUCUCAUCAGGGGAUUAUAACUGUGAGGGGAGAGGAGUACUUAAAAAUGUCUUUAAUCCACAUAUUUAUUUAGACAAUUUCAAGUUCUACAGUUUAUGAACAGAAACCUAAAGGUUUUUCUUUAUGUUCUGGGCUGGCCCUUGUUGUCCUGUGGCCUCCAGCCCACAGUAAGCCCAGGGUCCCUGGAGAGUCUGGACAUGUGCCUGAUCACUCUACCUCUUGGCAGGUGACCCCCAGCUUGCUCAGAGUCAUUGCUGCUCCUGGGAGCACCUCUGCAGGCUCUCAGGGCACAUCUGAGGCUCUCCAGAGCAGAAAAACAAAGGAACAGGAUCCUCGCUGUCUGUUUACCACGGAGAGAGGAGAAGCUCCGUUGUGAGGAGUGCUGUUGAACCGUCCCCAGGAGGUGGGCCUCCCCUAGGGAGUGAGAAGAGCCACAGUAAGAGAUGAACUCAUUCACGGGCGUUUGCUCAGCAGAUAUUUACUUAAGACUCUUGUGCCUUGGACCCUUCUGAGUACUGAUUUUGUCCCUCUUGAGAGAGAAUAGCCAACCAAGGGAGAAAUUAAAGCUCCAAGAAAGGGUGGAGGAGAGAAGAGCUUGAGUGACGCGUUUUCAGGAGCUGAAACGGGAAGUUUAGAGUAGACGCAGUGAUUUGGGGCGCAUUUCCGUUCAUGCUGAGUUUAGGGAACUCAAAAUAAUUGUCUCUAUCCAACAGUGGAGUCAAAGGUGGGGGCACAGGUGGAGCUGUGGUUAGAGGAAUAAGCAGGGGCUCGGCUCUGGGAGGGCCUCACAUACCAAAAACUGGUUCAGGUUUUAUCUUCCGGGAAACAAGAAGUAUGUAUGGCAAAGUUUUGCAUGAGGAAGGUGAUUCAGCUGACACAUUGGAGAGACUAGAAAAGAAAGGAAGGUGACCCAGGCGGAGGUGGGAAUCCCACCACACGUGUACAGCCUGCGGGGAGGCCGACCGACUGCAGGAGAGGCGCAGGGCCUGCGGCCGCCCUGGCAGGUCCCGGGCCUGUGUCCUGGCCCAGCAGCCUGAGCUUGAUCCCAACAGCUUUGGGGAGUUGCUGAAGGACUUAAACAAAGGGAGAGUGACGUCAGAGAAGCAUUCUAGAAGCCUCCUCCUCCGAGGUUCUCUGAGGGAGAAGAAUUGACAGGGACAGCCUGGAUUGAGAGGGGAAGAGAAAAAGGCUGAGAAUGGAGCUUCGCCCACGCUCCAGGCAGGAAAGACUGAGAAGGAGCCGUCUCAGGGGCGGGAGAAGAGCUCAGGGAGAAAGAUGAUGGAGGAAGCUCAGAGGAGAGCACUUCCGGAAAAGGAGGGGGUCAGCCACCGAAGGGGCGGGGUCGGCAAUGUCCUGCCCCUCACGGAGAUCUGAUCAGACAGGACAGAGACUGGCAGGGCUGCUGAGGAGCCGCAAAAUGAUGACGGGACAAACAGUAGAGAAAAGAGGAGCCUGUCUGAAAAGCCAAAAGCAAUAGAAAAAGCAUCCCAUCGAUGUGGCAUUUUUUCGGUGAGGGAGGAUGGGUUGCUUCACCUUUCACUUCAGCGAGAAGCCAGGGCAGAUUAAGGAACGGCAUUUGAAGGGUAGAUAAUUUUCCCUUACCAGCCUCACUUCCCUGUCACCCUCCGUUUUCUCCCGGUGAAAGAGGUGCUAUUUCUGACACGCCUCUAGAGGGGUCAGAAGUUUCUCCAGCUACAGGAUAAUGGCCUUCGGUGCUCUUUCUACCACUUAAUGGACUGUCAUCUAGAAAAAUUUUUUUCUAUAUUGAUCUGAAUGUUAAUCUAUACAUAAUAAGGAUAGAUCAUAGGAAAAGAUGCAGAAGAAUGUUAAAAAGAAGUUACUUGUUUUGCGCAUUUCUUGAGGGAGGAAGGAAGAGAGACUUUACAAUAAUCCUUCCAUGUGUGAUUCUCAUUUGUCAGCACAUCAGAAGCAACAAAAGCAGAAACACAAAAGGACGAUUUGAUUAAUUGGAAGGCUGCAUGAUUUAGAUUACAUGUCCUUCUUUAAAAUUUUCUGAAAUCUGCUCUAGAUAUUUAAGAGCCUUCAGAAAUUUUCUGUGGACACGCCAUCAGAGAUAAGCCGUUAGUUUUUGUGAGGAUUCAAAAAGGGAAAUGCAUUUUAGAAAAGAGAUGAAAUUGGACCUGACUUGGAGAAAGAGUUCUCUGACCAGAUGUCAUUUAAAGACACCGGACUGCGGGCUCCAGGCUUUGACUGUUUCUCAAGAUAAAUAUGCAUGCAGGAACCAGGAGGGGCAUUUUCAGAGGUUGCUAUGAAGUUGGUCUCUGUGCUGAGCAAGCCCAUGACAUCUUUGAAGGUAUGAGAGCACAGAUGAGACAUCAGUGCUUCACAAUCCCUUCUCAUAAUUUCUCUAAUCUUGGCGAUAAAAAAAAGAAAAGAAAAAACUCUCCAGGAGUGUAAAAUGUUAUUGCAUUUGCAACAGUCGUCAUGGUUACCUGCAUAGUUUCGUUGCUUUAUUAAUGUGUAAUUCCCUUUAUUUCUGGAAAUAUCAUUAUAGUGAAACAUAACAGUCUGCAGCUUUGUAGCCAGUUUCGCCGUGUAUCUCAGAGACUCUGACAGUGGCUGUGAUGAAUGCGUGUGCGGUUUCUGGGCCACCUGUGUGCUGUUGAUCCAGUAACUAGGACAUCAUUGUUUAGGAAAAGACAACUUGAAGUUAAUGACUCUUGAGAAUCUCUUAAAAGUUCAAAUGCUUCCCUAAACAAAAGUGCUUAUUUUUUCCUAGAGGAAAAUGAUCCAAAGCUUCAGUCUAACUAAAAUAAUUUAGCUUUUCUGACAUUCAAACUUUUUUAACGUAAUUAUUAUUACCUACUGAAGUCACUUUGAGGCAUUCAGGAAACUUUUCUGAUCAGUUCUUUUAAAAUUAUCUUUCCUGAAUUUGUUCUUUGUAUCAUAGGAGGGUUUUUGUGAGACAUUGCUAAUAGAGGUUUUGAAAAGUUUUUCUAAGUGUAUUCUCCUGCUACUCAAGUUGAAGCCGAAUAAAAUAGUUCAGCAAGUUAUCUUUCAGGCUAACUGCUUAGGACAGAUACUGCUGGCUGAUCGCUACAGUCAUUUCUCUUCUUCCUGGGCACUCACCAGACUACAUUUCCCAACAUCCUUGCACUUAGGUCUCACCAUGAGACUCAUGAGAUGGUGGAAUGGCAGUGGAAGUUAUGAAAUCGCUUCCAGAUUUGGCCCAUGAAUACCUCCCACUUAAUCCUCCCAUCCCUUGUUAUCAGGAUGGUUGAUGACUCUGCCAGUCUGGACCCUUGAAUAGCUGAAUGGGGCAGAGGCUCACUGCCCACCAGGAGCAUCGAUUGUUAUGGAAGGAGACAGACCCCCUGAGAUGUGAGGGUUGUGUGCUGUAUCAGCUUGUGUCACCCUAACUAAUACACCGCUAAUCAACAUUUCUUCUAAGUGGCCCUGUCAUCCUUGGGAGAAGGUCCAUGUUUUUCAUCCACAGGUUUUUCCUAUAGCUUCUUUCACAGCCUUCAGAAAGAAACUGGCAAUGUAAAUUCCAAGACCCCUAAUCAGAGUCCAGAUAACAGAUAACUUUGCUGUUUUGGACAAGUGCUGAAGACCUGAAUGGCUGAAGCAAUAGUAGGUAAUUGGCAAAUAUCAUCAGACCCGUAUGGUUUGUGUGCACAGGGAACCAAAGGAAAUGGAAGUAACCUUUUCUGGAUAGUUCUAUAUGCCAAGUACUGUGUUUGCUCCUCCUAUACAGAGCCUUAUUUGCUCUCUGUAAUUAAUUUUCUAAGGAGCUCUGUUAUUCUCAUUUUACAUAUUUUUGAAGUGUCAUAUAGUUUUAAUAACUGCUUCAUAGCUAAGGAGUAGCAAGGGAGGAUGCAAAUAAAAGUUAGCCUGGGACCAAAUCCAGCCAAGUUUCUACUUUGCUGCUUUUCAUGGUAGACACUCAGUUAACUAACAUCAGUUGAUCAUCAUGUUUCAAGACAGAAUGAUAGCUAAUAAUAAUUGAAAACAUAUGGAAAGAACAUUUGAUUAUCUGUGAUGUUGGAAACAGAAACUCUCAUUAGAUAUUUAGAAAAUUAUAAUAGUGAUAUUGUUGAGUUUUGCCUCUAACUUAAUUAAGAUAUCAAAACAGCUGUUGUAAUAGAUACCAAAAUAGCAGUAGUUUAAAACUGAUGGUCUGGAGCUCGCUGUUCUGGUGAGGUCACUAGGGCACCAGGCUCUCUCAUCUGGUUGCAGCUGGAUCCUCUAGGAUUGUUAUUCAUCUCCGUGGUGGUCAAUGGCUUGCCACAGCACAUCUGCAUUUAAGCCAUUGAGGGAGAAGAGGGCACACGUCUUGCCAGUUAAAGGCACAAUCCAGAAGUGGCACACAUCACUUUUGCUCAAAAAAGUUGCCUGGUGUCGUGGCUAUCUAACUGCAGGAGAGUCUAGGAGAUGUCAUCUUUACGUACUUAGCCUUGUGCCAGCACUUCUCUUCAUACAGAAGAAGGGAACAGGAGAUACUGUGGGACAAAUAGCAGCCUUUGUCACACCUUCUUUCCUUUCUCAUUCUUUGAUAAACUUGCUAAUGAGAAAGAUCCAAAACAGCAGUAGCAAAAAAGAGAAGGAAAUGAAUCAAGGAAACUAAGUGAUUCAGAAAUUGAAUAUGUCCUUUCUCCUUAACCUCUUCCAGCACAUAUGCUAAAAGAAUCAAGAGUUAGUGCCUUGGCUAAAUUGCUUUGAAAUAAGCUAUAACUAUUAAAUCAAGCAUUCUCUAAAUAAAAUGAUUGUAACAAAUUGAGGACAGAUGAACAAAGACUGGAUAUUAAUCAUAUUAAGUAAUUAGAAUUAAUUUCAUUAGGUCUGACAUGUGGUUAACUUAUAAAACAAAACCUCAUCUGGUAGAGAUAUUUACUGAGGUAUAUAUAAGUGAAAUGAUAUGAUGUCUGGAGUUUGCUUUAAAAUACUCCAGGAAAAAAUGGAAGAGGAUUGAUUAAUAUUUAAAAUUAGAUUGGGAAAAUGUGAGUUGUUGAAACUGGAUGAUAGGUGCAUGGCGGUUCAUUGUGCUAUUCUUUCUACUUUUAUGUCUAUUUGAAAUAUUCCAUACCAUAAUAAAAAGUUAAAUAAAUACUUGUUCCAGGAAAGAAAAGCAAUUUUUGGCAAUGCCCUGGUGUUCGUAUGAGCUCAUUUCUGUACUCCAGUUAAGUGCAUUCUUAAGUUUCCAGUGUAUUAUUAUUUAUUCUGCAUGCAUACAACUGGAAAAAACUCAUUUCAUCUAAAGAAUUUGUUAACAAUUUGCUUUUGAGCCAAUUAAACAAACCUUUAGAGAGUGCCUGCUGCAUCUACCGAUGCAAGAGAUGCAAACACGAGUAAGAUAAGGCCUCAGACCACUAAGUUUAAAGGCUAAUUAGGCAGAUAAGACCCUCUCUCAAAUAAAUCUGAUUUAAGAGAAGUCUACAAGAAGGCUUAAAUAUUAGGAGAUCACAUCAAAUUGGAAGGAUCAGGAGAAAUUUCCUGGAUCACAUAUCAUAAGCUUUAAAGAAAGAGUAGGCUUUUGACAGUUGGAAGUGGUGGGGAGAGACUCCCCCUGUCCCUCUGGGCAGGGGACCACCCAGAGAAAGCCUCUAAACCAGAGAAUAUGUGAUGGUUUCCUGGUGACAGGAAAGGGAGAUAUGGCUUUGAGUGUGAGUGUCUAGAUGUCCUCUUAAAAAAAAAACAAAAACAGAGGAGUCAAGAGGACCUGACUGAGAAAAUUCAUACUCUCUAUAGGGACAUGCUAUUCUUGAGACACUGUUGAGACUCGAGAAAUCCAUCCCCACAUAUGGUGUUGGAGCACAGAGAGAGGUUAGCAUGGGUAGUCAACUGCAAAUUGAUAGUUGAUGAGUUUAUAGAUCGAUGAUGAGUUCACAAGUGAAGAGAAGAUUGGUUUUUAAGGCUAGUUUUGUCAGAGUAGAGGAUGGAAAUUAUACAAAGACAUCAUUAUGAAACGACAUAAUGAUUUCAGUUGGCAUUGAAGACAAUAUGAGUCCUUGGUGUCUCAACAUCUGUGUCCUUCCGCUUCCCCUUCUGUUGAGUUCUCAGCACUUCCUUACCCACAUAGAGCCUACUUAGCUCUGCUUUGUCUCUCCUCUCUCCUCCAGCCUAAGCAUCCCCAAAAGUUGUCUACACAGAAUGUCUGCAUCGCCUGACUUCCAUUCACUCUUUAACCCACUCUGAAUCAGAAUCCUGCUUCACCAUUCCACUGAAACUGUGUUCAGUCCACUGAAAUUGUGUUCAGUUCAACAUGGACGGCGUGUAGGGACUUCCAUGUUGACCAAUUCCAUGGACACUUUUUACUCCUCACUUCUCUUGACUCUGAGCAGUAUUUGACCUAACUGGUCCCUCCCUACUCCUUGGAACUAACUCUGCUUGGCCUCUGGUUUUCUCCUGGCCGCUGCUUCUCAUUUUCCUUGCAGCUCCUCCUCUCCUGACCAUUUACAUAUUGUGGCACCUUGGGACUAAGGCUGGACUCCCUUUUCUUCCUCUAGUCUCUCCUGGAGGGGUUUCUUCCUGUUCCACAGUCUCACCUAACAAGAAUCAACAAAGCGCCCACAUUUAUAUCUCAUUUGAGUUGUGGACCUACCUAACACCUCUACUUGGAUUUAUCACAGGCCUUUCCUAUGGAACAGAUCCAAACCGAAAUUUAGACCCCGACCUCUCUCCCAAACCUGUUCUCCAGCAUGGUAAAUAUCACCACCAUUUACCUUGCUGCCCAAGCCCAAAAAGUGCAGUAUUUUGUUUGCAAAAGGUCCACAGGAAACCCAAGGAAAUCCCUCUUCACUGUGAAAUGUCCUCUGACCCCCAGACUGCUCCCUAAGGUGGGCGAAGUGUGUAAGCCAUAAAAAUAAAGCUUUCUGAUGUAGCUUCAUUGCAACAUAGCAGUUCCGUUUAGGCACCAGCGCUCGCUUUACAUUUAAAUUUGUGCUUGACUUUAAGCCAAAUAUUUUAAAGGAUUCUGUGGCUACUUAUAUUGGGCAGCCAAGCUCUCUGAGCCUGACCACGUUUGGUUACAUUCAGGACCAGCCCCAGCAGGCCCGGUAAGUAGAGGGGACGUCACAAACCAUCCAGGAGAUGCUGCUGCUGCUGCUCUCUCCACUGGAUUAGAAUCCACAGGUUGUGGACCUCUCCACCACCCUUUACUCUGACCAGAGUGGUGAGAAACAGUAACCCCAAUGCUCCUCUUUGGCGAGGGACUAGGGACACUUUCCUUUCUAUCCCACUAGGUCUCCAGAGGAUGGAAUUAAAGUCGUCUUGGUUUUAUCCAUGCCUGUAAGUCUGUGUUGUCUGUGGAAAGGCACAGUGAUUUGGAGGAAAGAGAACCGGCUUCGAGUUCCAGCUCAGGAACCAGCAACUUAGCUGUAAAUCUGGUUAGCAGAGUAGCCUUACCUCUACUCUUGCUCUCCUCCCUUCACAUCCAGCACAUGAUAAAUAUGACUGACCCUCUUGGUGUUUGCUCUGUGCUGGACACCGUCUUGUGCAUGAGUGAAUUGUCCAGUCCCCAUGACAACCCAUGAGUUAGUCGUCGUUAUUAUCACUGUUUAACAGAUCAGGAAGCUGAGGCAAAGGGAGUUAGAAUUUGCUCAGAGACACCCAGCUGAUGCAGAGUCAGAAUUUAAAUUCAGGUUACCCAACUCCAGCUUGUACCCUCCUAACCUCUUUGCUAUACCAAGUUGGGUAGAAAGUACCUCUGAGUUACUUUUUCCCCUCAUUCCUGUUGUGCCACCGAUAUAAGAUAUGCCAUCAGUUUAAUUCAAUGGGUGUUCAGGAACAAAGUAAGCAUUCCCAAAUCAAGUGUAGUUAGAGUGGGACUGUUUUUUAAAAUUCUAACCAGUGCUUUCUCCUUCUUGGUAAUUCCUUUUUACCUCAUAUCCCUGAGGCUUUUAGCUUCAGGGACAAGCUAAUUGCAGAAAACAAAGAGGCAAAUUCUCGACCACUGGCUUCUAAGAUUGGGUCACACAGUUCAUAAAGAAUAGUCUGGAGCCAGUGUUCUUUUCUUGUUUUGUUUUGUUAAUUACAAGACAGAAUUUCUAAAAAGAUAAGCUUGAAAAAUAUCUCCAAGUUUUCUUUGCAUAUGAAGUACCAGAGCCAGACAAUUUAGUAGAGUUUGAGAGAAUGAGGGGUUCCAUUUGAGAAGCUUCCUGUCCAUCAGAGAUAAAAUUUUGGCUAUUGGAGGGAGGAGAAUGUUCACUUGAGAUACUGGAGGACGCUGAGAAGGUACCAUGUGCCCUGGGGACCCUAGAGAUGGGAGGUGAAGAAAACUGCAGAAGCGUUUGGGGAAACCCCAGAGUACAAGGGACCCGGGUUUGAUUCCAAACAUUGCUCCGGGAGAGGCCACACCUAAUAGGGAAAUUUUGGAGCAGCGUGGUGGUGGAGCGGAAAAGCAGCAACAACUGGUUGAGGUGUCCAGGCAACAUGGAAAACAUCUUAAAAUUCCCUUUGUCCCCAGAGGUUGCCCUGGGAGGGGAUCAGACGAGGCUUGGUGUCCUGAGGAAGGGACACCAUCAGCAGAUUUGAUGUGGAUUCCAUGUGCUGGAGGCUGUGGAAACAGAAGCAACAUCAGCAGCAAAGCACUGUAGGUCAAAGUCCUCAACAAAGACCAGUAGGAACAAGGAUGGGCUAACGGACCAGAUGGCUUCUCCCUGAUGCCGUGACAUAUGUGGGCCUCCUUAGAAUUUAGAUACCACCCCAGGAACAAGAAGAAAGAGCAGAACCCUGAUUUGGCUGUGUUUAAGUUCUGAAUUUGACUGUGAAAUAACUGAGCGUGAUAGUUUCCCGGGAAGGGGCUGUAGUUUUAGUAGCUAAGUCACUCAAGGUCACAGAGCUAGAGAGCACUGCAGCCGGGAUUCCAGCCCAGGCAGAAUGACUUCACUGUCCCACUCUAAAUCACCAGCUUUGCUGUAUCUUUCUAUACUCCACUAUCUCCAUGUUUCCCACAACUAAACGGAAUGGUGGCUCAUGGCCUAAGUUAAAUUAUGUUACGGAAAGAUAAAGGGCGAUUGUGAGGUUCACCUGUGACAUCACACAAUGAAUUCUAAGAUGCAUACCAAUGUCAGUAAUGCUAAAAUGUCUUAGCCUGGAAGAAAUAUAAGAUAUAUUCUCUUCUCUCCAUCUCUAUUGUCGCCAUUUAAUCCAUGUCUUACUUGGACAAUUGCCAAGUGCCUCCAAAUUGAAAAGUUUAGGCUUUUACUAUAUUAUUGGGAGCAAGAGAAUUAGGACCAAUGCAUGGAAGCUUUAAAGAGACAGCAUUCUGUGCAGAAUCAGAGAGAACUUCUUCAUAAUCUUGGAUAUCCAGAGAUAGAAUGAGCAUCCUUGAGUGGCACCAAGUGCCACAUCCCUUGAGAUGUUAGAGCAUAGUGAAGAUGCCUACUACUAAGAAGGGACCUUAGCAGGGGAAUUCAGUACAGAACAUAUGGCUGGAUGACGCGACCUUUAAGGUCCCUUCCAACUUUGAAAUCCUGCCAUUUUAGAAUGGAGAUUGUGAUCGCCAGAUUCUUGUGUGUUUUAAAGAGUGGAAGAUGAGGACAUGGAAGCAGCAGGAACAGACUAGUCCUUUGAAGAUGGUUCCCACUGAAGAAAGCAGGGCUUUAUUAUGUGAUAUGGUAGGACUGCGGGAAGAUUUUAACACUGGGAAAAACUGAGCAUAUUCAUAGGUAGGAGGUAAGAAAUUGGUAAAAAAGGAACAAUUAAAAGUCAGAGAGAGUUCUGUUCCAGUAUCUAUUGUGUAAUAUACUACCCCCAAAAUUUGGUGGCUUUAAAUAACAGCCCUUGUACUUUAUCUCGGGAUUGUGUAGGUCUGGAAUGGAAGCAGUGCUCCACGGGGUGAUUUUUCUAUGCCACAUGGUAUCGACAGAGGUCACUCAGUGAUCUUCAGUUGUUGUGGACUGGUGCCUUGAUAGGGAUGGCUGGAAGGUUGUCUUCAACUGCGACUGUGGACCAGGGCACCCAGUUCAGCUGUUUACAUGGCUGCUGAUAACUCCAGGCAAAACUGCAGAGCUGCUUAAGUCCUAGCCUCAGAAGCCUAAAGCAUCACUUCCGCUGCAUCCUAUUGGUCAGUCAAGUCCCUAAGGCCAGGUCAGAUUCAAGGGGAAAGGAACUUGAUGCCAUUCCUCAGUGAGAGGAUCAGUGAAGAAUUUAUGGCCAUCUUUAAUCUCCCAUAGAGACAACUGAGGGAACAAGAUUCUGAACAAUGUGGGGAGUCCAGGUUGAGAGCAUAGGAAGAUAGAUUAUCCUUAGAAUGGUGGAGGAACUUGUCUGCCUUGGAGAUAAGAACAAGAAAAAGGGUUCCAGAAAGUGGAGAUAGAAAUUUUGAGAGGAAAACAAGAAAAAGUGGGAGGAAUUAUUUUCAGAGAGAGUUCAAGGAAUCCUGGGCUAUCUAGUGGACAGAAAGAUUCAUGUAAUGGAAAUUAUGCCACCCACCCACUCUGUAUAUUUUACCUCUGGGUUGUUUCCUCAUUCUGAUAAUGCAUCUUCACUGGUUUCCCCAGGCAUGCCUCACACAGACUUUUGUCUGAGGGCACUGUCUGCAAGAUUGUUGGCUCAUAGUUUCAAUGUUCUUCACAGACCCCAUACAGCACACCAAACUCUGGUGUAGUCCCGGGCUGUGGGGCAGGUAAAUUGGUCUCCCUGGAAAAUGAGUCCUCCUGUGGCCUCAUUCCCAGUCCAUGCUUAAAGGCUUGAGCAGACCAGCCAUUAACCAAGGCUUGAGUAGCAAAAUGUGAAAUCCGCUUUGUACAAAUUAUCCGGAUAAUCUCUUUCAAGUCCCUCUGGAUAAAAAACAGAGCCCCGUUGAGGGUAACACUCUGGCAGGUAUUCAAAGCUGAAGUGGUCGUGGCUUGGCUCCUAUUGUAUGCACAAGCAGUUCAAUUGGGUUGAUCGAUGCUGAUCUGCCUGUAAGUAUCCUUUUGAUAAGGAUCUUAAGAAGCUUGCUAAUUAAUUUUAAAGGAAUAUUUGUCUUUGGCCUCCUGUCUCAUUCUUUUCACAUUAUAUAUUCCGGUGAUAAAUGAUGGAAGCAUAAAUACAUUACCUCUGCUCCAUCAGUGUUUUCUGUUGUUGAUGUAAAGAGCGCAAAUUGGAUUUGUUUCAGGAUAGCUGAAUUUGGAAUGUGAUGUCUUGCCAAGUCAGAAUCCCACUUGCCCAGACAACACACAUGUGGAUUUUGUAGUUGUUUUCUUUUUAAAAUAGUCUCUGUCUGUGGUGCCAUUGAUUAAUGUAAUAUUGCGUUAAUAUGCUGUUACAACACCACAGGGCAUGCACCAGUUCUUUCAGCCAGCAGCUGAGAAUUUCCCAAACUAAAGUCUUCAUAAAAUACAGAUUGCAGGGCAAAAAAAAAAAAAAAAAGCAUCAACCAUGAGAAUUUAUGGACAGCAAGAGUGCUUGAGGAAUCAACUUUGGAUGGACUCGCCAAUGGAAAUAGAGUGUAAUUAUUAUCUAAUUUCAUUCCUCUAAAACAUUAGACACUGUCUAUACUUAUUCAUUUAUUGAAUCUGUGUUUUUAAAUGACCCAGAUAUCUGACUAUGUUCUUCCCCAGCUUCUCUUUAUUUUUAAGUUUCCCCCGGCCCCAGCGUUUCUAUAGUUUGUCAGAUCCAGAAUGUCAGUGAAGGCCGACAUAGCCACAUAUGUGGCAUGGCUCAAGCUGCAAAAAUUAAAACCAAAUACUUCGCUGUCCAAUGAAGACAGUUAGCAGGCAACUUUCUUCAAUUCAGUGCUGAUGUAAAUGCCUGGGGUCAUUCUGGACAUAUUUUAAAUGACAACUUUUUUUUUCUUUCUCAAGAUAAUUUUUCAUCUUUAAGCAUCAUAUUUUCCCUAUUACAAAAAUCUGGAAUAAUAUUGUUUCUAAAACAAUUAACUGAGGUAAAACUUAACUGAAUGAAAGCAUUCUUGAUACUAUAUAUUUAAAUUUAUAAAUGAAGAUGCUACUGCAGCCUGCUAACGGAGGCCAUAAAUCCAACUCUACUCUUUUUCAGACUCCAGGAGUAUUAUUAUUUUCAAAUAUCUAUCUGAUAAGAGAAACACAGGCAAGUUUUGCUUUUUUAGUAUAAACCUAUUUUAGCUUUACAGUGGAUUAGAAAUACAGAAAGUAACAUCUCUCCCUUUAACCCUCUAAACCUUUUAAGAUUCACAAGAAAGCAAAAGAUAAAAAAACAAAUAAAGUGUGGUGGUCCUUAAUGGAAAGAGAAUUUUUCUGUAACCGAGCCUUAUGAGUCAGCAUUUGGAUAUAAAUAAUUUAUAGUUAUAAUCAUAAGAUCAUUAAGUUCAAGCAUGCAGAAAACCAUUUCAAGGUCUUUGCUAAUGGUGCUAACAGAGGCCAACUUAAAUGAGCCAGGCCACUGAUCUUAAUAACAUGCCUUCAAGUCCAACUGGUGUUGAUGUUUGUAGUUGAGAUAAAGAGAAGAGUAUUUCUGUUAUAUUUCAAUAUUUUUAAAUCUGGAUAUUUUUCUAUGGAUUCUGUAAAGUAAAUGUCAACUAAGAUUGACAGGUAACAAUUAGGGUAGGAGACAGUAUCUCUGUGGUGGGUGGUUGCCUGUGUUUAAAAACUGUAUGCCAAGGGAACAGGGUUCAUUGUGUCAUAAGUAACAUAAAUUCAGGGGGUCCUGGUGGGCACCCCCUACUCCACAGGGGUGGUGUGAUGCAAGGGAUGUGUGGAGGAACCAGCGGGGAGCUGCCCUGCCCCCUAGAUAUCGCCUCUUUGGUGAAGAAUGCAGUGUUUUUCUCUUUUGUCCAAGUUGUAACGACCUAAGACUUAGAUUCCAUCCCAUGACUGUCCUUUCCCUAAAACCACCAGAUAGAAUACCUCCCAUGUCCCAAUUAUACAGUCCUCUUGUGUUUUUCUGGUGUUUGUAUUCCCAUAGUUGCAAAUAAAAAGUAUAUUUUUAGUUUUAGAAUUUUCCUUUCCAUUAAAAAAAAAAA